AUGAUGAAGGUCAACAUCCGGGACGAGUGCGUCGACAAGUUCGAACAACUCAAGAUGGGCAAGGAGUUCUCCUACCUCGUCCUCAACAUCAGCGAGGAGGAGGAAAUCGUCCCCUGCUCACUAGUUCGUCGAGUCCACGGGGCUCCCGGCGCCUCCUACGAGGAGUUCACCGCCAAGAUGCCCGAGGACGACCUGCGCUACGGGAUUUUCGACCUGAACUUCGACAGCAAGGACGGGAUGCACAUGAGCAAGAUCAUCUUCAUCCUGUGGUCCCCGGAAGGCACCAAGCCGAAGCGGAGGAUGCUGUUCGCCUCGAGCAAGGACCUGUUCAACAAGCACCUGGUCGGCAUCGCCAAGGACAUCCAGGCGGUCACUCACGCAGACCUGGAUCGGGAAGAGAUCAUCCGCGGGCUGGGCCAUUGA